AUGGCCUCCGUGCUCAAUGAUAAUGACUCCCUCUCCUCGGCCGCUCAACGUCGCGUCGACCAUCACGAAGCUGAUGUUGUAAUUGUGGGUGCUGGAGUCCUGGGCUGUGCACUCGCAGUUGCACUUGGAAAGCAAGGACGCAGUGUGAUUUUGCUGGAAAAAUCGUUGGAGGAGCCCAACCGCAUUGUUGGUGAACUACUCCAACCAGGAGGUGUUCAAGCGCUCGAGAAACUAGGGCUACGGGAUUGUCUGGAAGAUAUCGAUGGUAUUGACGUGAAGGGAUACUGGGUUUCUUACCAUGGCGAGCCGGUUCUCCUCGAAUACCCCAAGUCCUCCCCAACCUCUCCUACACCGUUGGGGCGAGCCUUCCAUCAUGGUCGAUUCGUGAUGAAACUACGAGCAGCCGCCUUGUCUUCCCCCAAUGUCACAGUGGUUGAAACCAAGGUGACUGGUCUUAUCACAUCGUCACAUACCCAGGAAGUCCUUGGAGUCGAGUGUGUAACGGAGAACCACAAGGAUUGCUAUUUCGGCCAACUCACCGUGGCUGCCGACGGCUACAACUCCGAAUUCCGCAAGGAACACCACCAAUACGCACCCAAACGGCGAUCGAAGUUCUAUGGCUUGGAGCUUAUCGAUGCUAAACUCCCUGAGCCCAACACUGGUCAUGUCCUCCUCAGCGAUAACCCGCCCGUGCUCAUGUAUCAGAUCGGCACCCACGAAACCCGAAUCCUUAUCGAUAUCCCCGAUAACUUCCCCCUGGCCUCGGUGCAGAAUGGGGGUGUCAAGGGUUAUAUGCGAAACAGCAUCCUGCCCCAGCUCCCAGAGGGUGCCCAGAAGUCGUUCUCCGAUGCGCUAGAGCAGGGUCAGUUACGGUCAAUGCCGAACUCCUUCCUGCCUGCCUCGGCCAACAAGACACCCGGGUUGAUGAUUCUGGGAGAUGCGCUCAACAUGCGGCACCCUCUCACGGGUGGAGGCAUGACGGUGGCGCUCAACGAUGUCUGUCUCAUCCGCGAAUUACUCAGCCCAGAGCGUGUACCCACUCUUUCCAAUACAGGCCUUGUUCUCGAACAGCUCGCGGAAUUUCACUGGAGGCGCAAGAACUCUUCUUCGGUCAUCAAUAUCCUCGCACAGGCUCUCUAUGCUCUCUUCGCUGCGGACAACGAAAGCCUCCGAGCUCUUCAACGUGGUUGUUUCCGCUACUUCCAGGUUGGACCAAUUGGCGGCCCUGUUGGGCUGUUGGCCGGUCUGAUCAAGAAACCCCUCGUCCUCGUCAGCCAUUUCUUCUCUGUCGCCUUCCUCUCUAUCUGGGUUCUUUUCUGUGAUACGCCUCUGGCCCAGCUUCUCCUAUUCCCAUACUACGCCGUCAUGAUCUUGUACACAGCCUCUGUCGUACUUUUGCCAUACGUUUGGACUGAGAUUUGGUACUGA